AUGGAGAAAAAGUCACCAGGAACAUUGGGGUUCUUGGGAUGCGGCAACUUGGGAACUGCGAUUCUCAGCGGCCUACUUGGUAACUCGAGCGACUCGGAAAGCACAACACUGCCAUUCUCUCGCUUCAUGGUGAGCGUCCGGACGGACGCCUCGGUUACUCGACUACAGAAUCAGUUUCGCGAGCACAACACCAAGGUUUCUGUUUUUAAGAACGAAAACGUCAGCGUCGUACGUGAUUCAGACGUCAUUAUUCUUGCGACGGACCCUGUUGACGUAGAGCUCGCCCUUACUGGUGUGCGUGGUCAAUUCUCUGAGAAGCUGCUCAUAAGCGUUGCUGCAGGAUGGACUAGAGAGAAACUUCAGGCAAUUCUAUAUGGGAGUGCAGCGGUUUACAAUGCAGAUAGCGACUCUCCAUAUCGCCCCUGGGUUAUUCGCACGCUACCCAACGUUGCUGCAGUUGUUCAUCAGUCAUUGACCAUCAUCGAGACACCUGAUGCCAAGCUGCCCUCAGAGUAUUUACAACUGACAAGGUCUAUCUUCAAUUGUGUCGGAAAGACCAUGGUAUUACCGCCAAAGCUUUUGGAUGCAGCAACCGCAGUCGGCGGAUCGACACCUGCAUUCUUCGCCGUCAUUUGCGAAGCGCUCAUCGAUGCUGCUGUUGCUGUGGGAGUCCCACGAGAUGUAGCUCACGCAAGCAUUGCCCAGUCCAUGCUGGGUACGGCCCAUAUGAUUCAGCAUGGUAUGCAUCCAGGUGCUGUGAAAGACAAGGGUACAUCACCCGAGGGUUGUACGAUGAGUGGUCUUAUGGUGUUGGAGGAGAAUGCUGUUCGGGGACAUGUUGGACGCGCACUUCGUGAGGCUGUUACGGUCUCUCGGUUGAUGGGCACUCGUGACCAUUUAAAUGAUACGAGAAAAUAUGAAUAG